UUAAAUAUUAAACUCGAGUGAGUUAUUGUGGAGAAGAAAGGAGGAGUUCAGUCGACUGAACAGCCUUCAUGCUUCAGGUGUGCACCUUGAACCUUUUCACUGCCUGCAGUCCAGCCAGGACACAAGCGAGCAACACAAUGAGAUACACCACAGAACCAGGAGAUACAACAGACAUGCCACAGAAGUUCACUUUUAACCCAAAAGAAGGGAUUGACAAUCCAGCAUUGAUGAUCUCAGACGACCCAGAGCCAGACUUGUGUCCUCGGUUAUGCCUGCUGAUGCGAGAGGAAGGCCAAGGUUUUGGCUUCCAUCUGCGGAAAGAGAGUGGCUGCAGGGGCCAUGUUGUGCAGCAAGUUGCCCCAUGGAGUGCAGCAGAGCGCAGUGGCCUAAGAGAUGGAGACCACAUUCUAGAGAUCAAUGAAGACUUUGUGGACAACCAAGAAUAUUCCAAGGCGGUGCUGAAGGUGCAAGCAUCUGGGCUACAGCUGUGUCUGUUGGUCUUGAGCGCUGUGGAGUAUGAAACAGCUGCGUGUGAAGGAAUAGACUUCAUGGCUCUGACCAGAGCUCAUCGAGGUGAAGGUUGUGCACGUCCUCGUUUGUGCCACAUCAACAGAGAGCCCGGCGUUGGCCUGGGACUCAGCAUCAUUCCCAUUGAGGGUGAGAGAGGAAAGUAUUCUCUCAGCCCAGUGAGUGAGGGUCCAGCAGAAAGGGCAGGAGUUCAGGCAGGAGAUCAUCUGCUCUGGAUUAAUGGUGUCAUGGUCUCAAAACUUACACAUUCUGCACUGAUGAAAAUGUUUAAAAAGUGUGACGAAUAUGUGACCAUUUUGGUGAUAGACAGCAGAAGUGAAAAGAGCUAUACGCGCCGAAGAUUGUCCAUCCUUCCUGCUUUUGCCAGUACGCAUAACCUGCCUUUCAGGCCAAAAACCCUACACCUUACCCAGGGACCACAAGGCUAUGGGUUCUUUUUACGACAAGAGAAGCUGACUACAGGACAAAUUGCUCACCUGCUGCGAGAGAUUGACCCGUGCAGCCCAGCUGAGGCAGCAGGGAUGGAGGAUGGGGAUCUACUCCUGGCGGUCAAUGGAGAGCAGGUGGAGAACUCCGAGCAUGAGGACAUAGUCAGCAGAAUACGGCAAAGCGGUCAGCAGGUUACACUUACUACCAUCUCUAUUCAGGGCAGAGACUUCCACACAAAGCUGGGGCUUUCCCCACUAAUGUUUUAUGAAGAAUACAUUCCACAAAGAGAGCGUUUCCCCACGAAAACUCUACCAUCCAACAACCUGCAGCAUCCUCGACUGUGUACCCUUCACAGAGAGGACACAGGAUUCGGCUUCAAGCUGGCGAGCAGCCAGAAUGAGUGUAGGGUCUACGUUGGCCAGGUGGAAGCUGGGCAUGCUGGAGAGAGAGCAGGGCUGCGGAAGGGGGAUGUGAUUAUCAAAGUGAAUGGGCAGAAUGUUGAGCAUGAGCAUUUUGAGGAGGUGGUGGCACUGAUCAAGAAGGGCGGCACUUCACUCAUGCUGCUUGUGAUCGACAAGGAUGGGUUUGAGAACUUCAGAACAGGUGUACCCAUCACUCCGGAUGUGAGCUUGCACAGCACACAGGUUUCAGAUUCAAUACAAGACAAUUUUGUAUAAAGGGUUGUGAACUGACCCCAAUAAAUCACUGGAUGGUUCAUCUCUAAAAACACACCAAGCAAACUGCAUCCUGUUGAAACCACAAAGCUGAUGCUGUGUAUUGGAAAAUAGAAAAGCUGCCUUAAUGCAUCAAAUAAAAAUAUUUAUUAUGAAUGAAUUGAUAACAUACAUUAGUCAUUUAUGUGUGAUUAAGAAGUUCACUGAUACACACAUUACAAUGUAACACUUGAAUAGCUAUGCUUGAUUUUCACUUUGUAAAAAGCUUUAGAAUAUGCACUUUAGUAUUGUUAACAUACGGUAUAAAAUUCCCUGAUGACCACGAGUCCAUUUCUGUGGUGUUUAGAACACUGACAGACACACACUGUCUGUGUGUGUGUGUGUGUGUGUGUGUGUGUGUGUGUGUGUGUGUGUGUGUGUGUGUGUGUGUGUGUUUGGUUAAAGCAAAUUACUCAAAUCACUCUUAAUUCAAAGUUUUCCUCUUAUUUCUACAGAUCAUGUUUCAUAAGUCUAUGUAUAUUAUAAACGAUACACAUGUUUAGAUUUACAUAUGUAUAUAGUAAACAAGUGUUUCCUCUUAAAAUAUUUCAAUUUUCAUAUGAUUAGUGUUCUUCCUUGUUUCUUCUUCUGACUCCUCUGUUUGUUCAUUGUUCUGUGGGAGAAAAUGAUUUUUUUUUAAAGGUUGGACAUUUUC